CAUCCCCUCGGCUCCAUGGACCCCAUGAGAGGGUCCCCGUCCCCCUGCUCCUCGCGGCCCCCCAGCCCCAGGAGCCCGGUCUGUGGUGAGAAGCUCAGCAGCUACGUGGGCAUCGAGGCCGUUCUGGACCAGCUCAAGAUCAAAGCCAUGAAGAUGGGGUUUGAGUUCAACAUCAUGGUGGUGGGGCAGAGCGGCCUGGGAAAGUCCACCAUGGUCAACACCCUGUUCAAGUCCAAGGUGUGGAAGUCCAGCCCGCAGGGCCUGGGGGGGCCCACACCUCAGACGCUGCAACUGCAGUCGGUGACCCAUGUGAUUGAGGAGAAGGGCGUGAAACUGAAGCUCACAGUGACCGACACACCCGGCUUCGGGGACCAGAUCAAUAAUGACAAAUGCUGGGACCCCAUCCUGGGCUACAUCAACGAGCAGUAUGAGCGGUACCUUCAGGAGGAGAUCCUCAUUACCCGGCAGCGUCACAUCCCCGACACCCGAGUGCACUGCUGCGUGUACUUUGUGCCUCCCACUGGGCACUGCCUGCGGCCCCUAGACAUUGAGUUCCUGCAGCGGCUGUGCAGGGCGGUGAACGUCGUGCCGGUGAUCGCCAGGGCCGACAGCCUGACCCUGGAGGAGCGAGAAGCCUUCAGGCAAAGGAUCCAGCACAACCUGAAGAUGCACAGAAUUGACGUGUACCCGCAGAAGUGCUUUGACGAGGAGAUCAAUGACAAGCUUCUCAAUAGCAAGAUCCGGGAUCGGAUCCCGUUCGCAGUGGUCGGGGCCGACCGAGAGCACAUCGUGAAUGGGAGGUGUGUCCUGGGCCGGAAGACCAAGUGGGGCAUCGUCGAAGUGGAGAACAUCGCCCAUUGUGAGUUUCCCUUGCUGAGAGACCUGCUCAUCCGCUCCCACCUGCAGGACUUGAAGGACAUCACCCACAACGUGCACUAUGAGAAUUACCGUGUCCUCCGGCUCAAUGAGAGCCACUCACUGCCCCGAGGGCCCGGCUGGGUAAACCUGAGCCCUGCACCUUCCGGGUGCCCCCUGCUCAUGCACAAGCCCUCCAAGGCCCAUAGAAGAGUCCAGGAAGACUCAGAUGACGACUGAGCACUCCCCACCCCAUACCUGCGCUUCCCUGUGUACUAGAGCUUCUAUUAAAGGUGGACAUUGCUUCUCAUGCAAAGCUGUGCUUUGCAGACCAAUGGCACUUGGUAAAUGGCUUCUUUUGAGCUUU